GGCCGGAGCUGUACGGAGGGAUACAUUAUGUGGCCCCGAGUUCUGUAUGUGGGGUUCCUCGUUCUGCAGAUCUCCUGGACAGCGGAGACAAAACUGCAUUAUGCUGUGAUAUUCCCUGCAGAAUUACGCUGUCUCCGUCCCCAGCUUGCUUGCUUUCACAUUGAGGGAGCAGAGAGAGAAGUCGGUAUCCAGCUGUCUCUGAGCACAAGAAGUGGGAAUACGACCUUGAUAGAGAAAAACCUUAAUCAGGACUCUCUGUUCUCCUGUGUUCCAUUUCAGGUUCCCGACCUUUCUCACUCUUCGGAAGAGGUCGCUACAGUCUAUGUUUCCAUUCAAAGCUUAGAUGAGAAUAUAAAUGAAAACACUAAAGUUGUCUUGAAGAAGGAAAGAUCUGGUAUUCUGAUCCAGACUGACAAACCAGUAUAUAAACCAGGACAAACCGUGAAAUUCAGAGUUAUCUCCCUGAAAGAAAAUCUGCAACCAAACAGACAUCAGAUUGCAACUAUCGAAUUACAGGAUCCACAAAAGAAUCGGAUUGGGCAAUGGCAGAACGUAACCCUGAUCCGAGGCAUCGCAGAGUUCUCUCUUCCUCUCUCUCCAGAGCCCGUUCUGGGGGAAUAUUCCAUCAAAUUGAACGAUGUUGUCCAUACUUUUAGCGUGGAAGAAUAUGUGCUCCCAAAAUUCGAGGUGAUUCUUGAGCUUCCGGAGGUGGUGCUGUUUAACAGAGAACAGUUCCCAAUUAAGAUAUGUGGAAGGUAUACAUAUGGGAAGCCAGUGCAAGGUGUGUAUAAUUGUACUUUGUGUAGAAAGAGGUUCUACAAAUCGAAAUAUUCCGAUAAGUGCAUCGCGAUCUCUGGUCGGCUGGACGCUACUGGAUGCUCCAUAACAGAAGUGAAAACUGAAAACUUGAAACUUAAUAGCGCCGUCUUAUCGAGAUCCCUGGAAGGAACAGCGUCUGUAACAGAGGACGGGACAGGGAUUCAGUUAUUCGCAACCGGGAAAAGCAAAAUCUCCGAUGUGAUGGACAAAAUAUCGUUUGUGGAUCCUGAAGAUAGCUACAGGUCUGGAAUGCCAUACGCUGGGAAGCUGAAAGUUGAAGAUGCUUACGGCAACCCAUUGCCAGACAGAUUGGUCCAUCUCACCAGCACAAACGGAGCGCAAGUGGAACAUCUAAAAUUAGCCACUGAUAGGAACGGUCACGCUUCUUUUCAGCUGGAUAAUACGACAAACUGGCAGGGACCUACCGUCAUAAAAGUCAAUACAGAAGCGGAGAGACUGGAAUAUAGUCUUAGUAUUAUUACCCCUCGAUAUGGCUUUGCCAGUCUGACCCUUUCAGCAGUCUACUCCAAAAGCAGGAGCUUCCUGAAGCUGCACCCGCUGACCGAGGUUCUACCAUGCGAAGGGCAGCAGAAAGUCAACGUGGAAUAUAUCAUUCGGCACGCAGUGCUGGACGGAGACACCAAGCACUUGGAUUUACAUUAUCUGCUGAUGUCUAAAGGAUCUAUAUGGAACUCUGGGAGCAUAAGAAUUUCUGUAGAGAGUCACAAUGAAGAUCUGAAUGGUAUCACCACGUUUAACCUUUCUCUAAAUGCCGAUGUCUCUCCAAGUCUCCGUGCGCUCGUGUAUAUAUUUCUCCCGCACCAAAGAGACAUUAUCGCGGAUUCGGCCACAUUCAAAGUUCAGAGGUGCUUCAGGAAUAAAGUAUCGGUUGGGUUUUCUCCUAGAGAAGUUCUUCCCGGAUCAGAUGUAUCUCUGAAGGUUCGGGCCGAGGCCGGAUCCCUCUGUGGCCUGAGGGUCGUGGAUCAGAGUGUCGUGUUACUGAAACCUGAAGCGGAGCUGACAGCCGAUAAAGUCCAUUCUCUCUUCCCCUCCAAUGGCGAACGGUGGCCCGAUUUUCGCAUUUGGCCGGCUGAGCUGUAUUGUUUCUCUAGCGAAGUCGCUAGACGCAGUUUCUAUCCCCGUAACUAUGGAAGACGUACUAGGAGACGAACAGCUAGGCGCUUCACACGCAAAGAUGUUGACAUAUACAGCACGUUAAAGGGCAUCGGCCUGAAAAUUCUCACCAGCGCUGAAACUAAAAAGCCUGCGGAUUGUGAUUAUAGCAGCUCAUCCGAGGAAGAGGAAUUAGUUACAACUCGCGGGCGUAAAUUGAAAUUUCAAGUAGUUGCAAAAACUGAGGAUUCAAGAACAGAAGAAAACAAGAUUCGAACUUUUUUUCCCGAGACGUGGUUAUGGGAACUAAGGGACGUAGGAGACUCUGGGAGUAUCGAACUCCAUCACACAGCCCCGGACACCAUCACAGACUGGAACGCCGGAGCCUUCUGUAUGGGACCCAGUGGCUUUGGCCUCUCCUCGCCAUCCUCUCUCCGCACUUUCCAGCCAUUCUUUGUGGAUGUCACUCUGCCGUACUCCGUGGUCCGAGGAGAGUCCUUCACCCUCAAAGCCACCGUAUUUAACUACCUGAAACAAUGCAUAAAGGUUCAAGCCACCUUGAAGCCGUCUGAAGAGUUAGAGGAGGAACCGUGUGCUGACUACCAGUAUACCAGCUGUCUGUGUGAAGAUGAAAGCAAAACCUUCUACUGGAACCUAAAAGCCUCCAGACUGGGUGAAGUCAAUAUUACCGUGAUCACAGAAGCUCUGGACACUCUAGAAUUGUGUAAUAACGAGUAUACCAUUGUCCCCAAGCAGGGAAGUAUUGACACUCUUAUUAAAGCGCUUCUUGUACAGCCUGGUGGGGUGUUAGAAGAAAAAUCUCACAGCUCGCUGUUCUGUAUGCAAAAAGGAGAUGGCCAAUCUGACACAGAAACGAUAUCCCUGAAGGUCCCUGAGAACAUUGUAAAGGAUUCCGAGAGAGCUUAUAUAACCGUGUUGGGCGAUCUGAUGGGAACGGCCAUGCAGAACCUGGACAGGUUACUGGCCAUGCCGUACGGCUGUGGGGAGCAAAACAUGGUCCUCUUCUCCCCCAAUAUCUUCAUCCUUCGGUAUCUGGAGAAGACUCACCAGCUGAAUGACGAGAUCCAGACCAAAGCCAAGAAGUUUCUAGAGAGCGGUUACCAAAGGCAGCUAACAUACAAACAUGAUGAUGGCUCAUACAGCGCCUUUGGUAAGAAUGACCCGGAGGGGAACACAUGGUUGACGGCCUUCGUAGUGAGAUCCUUCAAUAAGGCCCGUCCUUAUAUCUUUGUUGAUGAAAGUCAUCUGAACCAGUCCUUCAACUGGCUGAGAAACAAUCGGCAAGAUAACGGCUGCUUCCGGAGUGUGGGCAAACUCUUCAAUAAUGCCAUGAAGGGUGGAGUAGAUGAUGAAUUCUCUCUCUCUGCUUAUGUAACCAUAGCCCUAUUGGAGUCUGAUGUAUCUACAGAGGACCCUCUGGUUAGAGACGCUCUAUCGUGUCUGAGGAAGGCAGCCACCGACGUGACCAGCGUGUACACGCAGGCUCUGCUGGCCUACACCUUCACCCUGGCCGGAGAAACAGAUCUCAGACAAAGUCUGCUGGAAAAAUUAGAGGAAAAGGCUGUGAGAAGUGAUGGACAGCUCCACUGGGAAAGGACAUCUACCUCACCCCCGCAUGAUGUUCCUUACUGGUAUCGCGCUCCAUCUGCAGAAGUGGAGCUGACUUCCUAUGUACUCCUCACUCUGCUUUCUGGACCUACCAAGGACUUGGGCAAAGCCUCCGAGAUAGUGAACUGGUUAAGCAAACAGCAAAAUCCUUACGGGGGAUUCUCGUCUACUCAGGACACCAUUGUGGCUCUUCAGGCCCAGGCCAAGUAUGCAGAGGCCACGUUCAGUUAUAUUGGGGAUGUGACUGUGACGGUCAGAUCCAAGGCGUCUGUAAUGGAAUUCCAUGUGGAUCAUACCAACCGGCUCCUGCUGCAGAGGUCGCCGCUGCCAGAGAUUCCUGGCGAAUACUCAGUGUCUGCCUCAGGGAGCGGCUGUGUGCUUGUACAAGCAGUACUGAGAUACAAUGUCCCCCCACCUAGAAGUGAUGCCUCGUUUUCGGUGACGGUGGAGAUAAAACCGGAUCAGUGUCCAGAAGGGAGAGUAACCCAUUUCAAUAUCCACAUUAAUGCUAAAUACACAGGACCCAGAGAGAAAUCCAACAUGGCCCUUAUUGAGGUCAAGAUGCUGUCUGGAUUUAUCCUGGUGAAGAGCUCAGUGAGGGAGCUGGAAAAGAGCAAAUUAAUACAGAGGAGUGACAUUCAGACUGACAUGGUGACAUUGUAUCUGGAUGAGCUGGGACAUGACCCCAUCCACCUCUCCCUCACGGUGGAGCAGGACAUUGAGGUGAAGAACCUCAAGCCGGCAACAGUGAAGGUCUACGAUUAUUAUGAGACGGGAGAAUCGGCGGUUGCAGAAUAUAACUCUCCCUGCCGCUCGGAUGACGAGACAAAGAACUGAAGAUAAGACUCACAGUAACUUUACUCCGUUACACGAGAACCAAUGCUGUGUCGCAUAAAUAAAUCUAAUGUCUUCAAAUAAAAUGUGUUUAUAUCGUC